AUGGCAAAGAAAAUUGCAGUCGCAGGAGGAACCGGGGGCUUAGGUCGCACAAUCGUUGACGCCCUUGUCACGGCUGGCGACCACGAGGUUUUGGUGCUCAGUCGAAAGAAUGGUCCGUCACAAAGCAAGACAGAGCCCUCUAUCUCCCGUACCGUCCAGAUGGACUACAAUGAUAUAGGCGACAUCAAGCGAGUCCUUGAAGAGAACGAGGUCGGGACCGUCAUUUCAGUACUCAACAUUCAGGUCGACGCCACGCCAGAGUUCAACCUUAUCAAGGCUGCCGAGGAGUCGAAGACAACACGCCGAUACAUUCCUAGUAUUUGGGGAGCUGGAUAUUCGGAACGCGAAUUGGAGACUCUCUACGUUGCCAGGGCGAAGCGCGAGGUAUUGCGCAUUCUGAAGGAAACUUCUCUCGAAUACUCGGCUUGGUAUGUCGGGUGCUUCCUUGAUUAUUGGGUCAUCCCACAUGCCCCUUCUUACAUGCCGCCCUUCCCGUAUGCGAUUGACAUCGUGAACCACCGCGCUGCACUACCAGGCUCAGGUAAUGUUCCCAUUGUCAUGAACUAUACCGUGGACAUUGCCAGGUUUGUUGCGGCAAGCCUGAGACUAUCUCAGUGGGAGAAAGAGACAUACGUGAUCAACGACAAGGUAACCUUCAACGAAUUGCUCCGCGCGAUUGAGGAGGCCACCGGCGCUAAGUUCGACGUCACGUAUGACUCUCUGGAGCUCAUGCAGAGCGGAAAGACAAAGGCGCUUCCUAAGACCUUGCCGUCCAAUCUAUUUGUGCCAAGGGAUAUUCUUGAAGGCUAUAUGGCAAGCCUGGGGAUUAUGAUUGAGAAUGGGCAAUUUGACCUCAAACCACUGCACACGAUCAACGAGACGUUCCCAGACAUCAAGGUGAGAAAGGUCACUGAGUUCAUGGCAGAAGUUUGGGGGGGUGGGGGACGUGAGCCCAAGGCUACACUUCUAGACUAGUUACGUUGAGAAUAAUAUGGCUAAGCCAUUCGCCCCGGCGCUUAUCAAACGAAACUACAAAAUUAUCUUCUUCUCGCCUCUCUUGUGGCGCCAGGAGUUUGUUGCCUCCAACAAUGCAGAACAGCCCUCCAUCAACCCACCCCACUUCCGCAAGAACGGGACGCUCGCCUCCCAGCCCUUGGGGUCCCAGGACUCGCCCCAGACAAUAAGACAAGCUGCAUCACCGUGAGAGUCUCCCACGUUAAGAACGUCGAGACCUAAUGUCUUAUUGUUAAGUAGUCCAUCCCUAAGCGCGCACAGGAUGUUGUCACGCAUUCGGGGAAUGGGAAUCAGG